AAAUAGGCAGGUGUUAGACAUGGAAUAUCAAAGCAGAGCUCGCAAGACUAGCAAGAAUGCGAAUGCAAGCAGAUAAUGGCAAACCUUAGAAGAAAUUCAUACUCCAACGAGAACCCAUUUCAGACUCAAACCACGUCUUCACUCUCAUCUUUUACCCAUUUCUUGAAGAAGCCCCAAGCCUUCCCUUUCUUACUCUUAAGGCUUCUUUUGUUGACAUUGCUUUUCCUCAAAUUGCAGCCAUCUUCUCCUUCUCAUGGUUUCCUGAGAAACCAUGAGAAAUGGAGCCAAGACGAUGAUCGUAAGGCUAAUCUUGCUAGAUUCAAAGUUGGGUUCCCUUAUUCCAUUACCAAGGACAAGUGUGGGUGGUUACUUAAUCCCAUAACUCUUGUGCUUAAUUCUGGUGUUAAAGACGUGAGUGAGAGUGAGGGCGGAGGGAAGGCAUCUGGAGCAUUUAGCAAUGCGGUGCCGAUGGUGCUGAAGGAGAACUUGGGUCCAUUGAGCAACAAGGAAGUUGUGAUGAUGGCUAAGAAGGUUUUACAGGCAUAAUGGUUCGAGUAGCAUCCUUACUUGUAUUGCAAUGAUGAGAAUGUUGAUGCUACCUUCUUGUGGUAGCCUAAAUGUUAGCUUUUAUCCCAAGUUUAAAUAUUUUCCCUUUGGGAUUCAUUAAUCCAUGGUUUCAAUUUGCAAGGUCGUGUGUUGGAAUAAUAAGUGAUUUUUUAA